AUGUCGUCAGCACCAGGACCCCACACAGGGAUUCUGCGUGAGGAGAACCUCGUUCUCCAACAAAUCUUCGGAUACGGCGACCAACCAAUGCAUGCGGAUCCAAUCCCUCGAACCGGCUUGCCACUGCCAGGCUCAUCUAUCAAGGACAUCCUCCUUGUGUCUGUAGAUGUUGAUACUGGAGGAGGCUAUGAGGUUAUCUCGCCAGACCAGAGCUUCCACGUCGGCAUAUCAAUAUUCGAUACCCGCUACCUUACCAGCAAUAGCUCGACCGAUCCGCAGAAAGCUAUUGCAUCCUAUCAAUUCAUCAAUCGAGAUACAAAACCCUGUAAACAAGCAGCGAAGCGCUUUUUGUUAGGUGCUACAGAAAUACAAACGCUAACUGCCAUCGCUGCAAAAAUCUCGGCACUUACACAAGGCAGAGAUUACAUCUUGGUCGCCCAUGGGGUAAAUGAAGAUCUCAAGUUCCUGAAUAAUAUUGACGCAGGCAUCGCUGUUAGGGCAUGCUACAUACUGGAUACAGUGAAAGCCGCCCAAUAUACCCUACAGCUGCACUAUCGGUAUAGCCUGGAGAAGCUCCUCGACGCACUGAGCAUACCUUACGAUCAUUUCCGGCUUCAUGCUGCUGGGAAUGAUGCCUUCUUUGCCCUUAAGGGACUACUUAUGAUUGCCGCCCGCGACAUAUCCGCCAAACCCCACGCCUGGGCGCUUGGGAACCAGCAAAUGAUCGGUACACAAAGCUCAAUUGCCACUAUCCUCGAAGCUGUUGCUUGUACCCCGUAUUCCCUACUGGCAGACAAGCCUCAGCAAACUCCAGUCCCAGAAAAACUGUCGAAAUUGUCAAUCGGCGCUAAGCGAAGACUUCGCGCGGAAAGAAAAGCAAUCCGUCGAGCAAACCAAACUUUGGCAAGCACAAGUGAACUGGAUCAAGAUGUUAGCCAUAGCCCUGAUGGCACGUGA